AUGAAGUUUUCUCUGUUCGCAAGUGCCAUUGGCAUCUCAUGCGCUGCUGCUAUGCCGUCUGAUCAAGGUCAGGGCCAUAGCUUGCUCGCCAGAGACAAGCCCAAGUUGAAUCAGUAUCGCACCAUGGAUGACUGCCUUCAUGACAGGAACAUUUUGUUCCAUGCUGCUCCGAGCACCGGCAACUGCUACGACCUGGACCGCAAGACUGGGGCUUUCUUCUACAACACUGGCGGGUUCCUGCUCAGCCGAGCCAACAAGGACAUUGGAUGCGCUGGUGACUGGAUUGGCCUGCGAGGUGGGCGAUGCAUGGAGAAGGGCGAUUUCAAGUCCGUUGUCAUGAGGUAG